UAGAGUUUUGUCCAGAUUGAAUUAGUCCCGAGUCUCGAAGACGACGACGAUCACGACGAGGAAGGCAUAUGCUACGUAAUGGUUUUGCUCGAGAACGACCCGUUUUUAGUGGAACUCAAUAAAUUAUUUGAGAAGUCACGAUUGGCAGGCUCAGUAUCUCUCACAAUAAAAAGGUUUAAUGGACAUAAUAAGCCUGAACCAAGGAAGGGUAAACCACUUCUUCCCACAACUACAGAGUACUUGUGUUUAGUUAGGGCUUCAUACAAAACGAAGAAACUUUCUACAGUUAUUCACUCUAAGGAUGUAAAUAAAUUUCAGCAGGCAUACUGGAAUUUACUGAAAACUAACAUAAAUGGACUUAAAAAAUUGAAAAAGAUCAAGUCAGUCAAACCUAAAGCUCAUUGACAUCAUCAAUAACAUUAUAUUGUUACUGAGAUUAAUGUUUGUAAUAUAUGUAUGAAAAAUUGCUCAGUCAUAAUAAUGGAUUGUCACUGCACUGAGUCUGCCUACAUUUAAUUUUUUAAGAAAGUUUAUUAUAAUGAGGAAAUCAUCUAGCUCUACUGCUUCUUUGUUAUAUUAAAUAAUAAAUAAAACAUGGGUUAA